UUGCCUAGAAGUAUCAGUCAACGCAAUACAGACACAUAUACGAGGCCAGACACGAGGUGGAGCUCCUCGAUCUCGCUGCGCUCAGUCUCUUGUCACCAUGGCCGCGCACGGCGCGUCCGGUCGGCUGGAGAGCAUCCUCACGGACUCGUCGGCGCCGCUUGCGAAGCGCGCGUGGGCGGCGGGGACGAUCGAGCUCGGGCUGCUGACGCGGCUGGCGGCGCCGGCGGUGGUGACGUACAUGAUCAACUACCUCAUGUCCAUGUCGACGCAGAUCUUCUCCGGCCACCUUGGCAACCUCGAGCUCGCCGCCGCCUCGCUCGGCAACACCGGCAUCCAGAUGUUCGCCUACGGCCUCAUGCUUGGCAUGGGUAGUGCAGUGGAGACUCUCUGCGGACAAGCCUACGGCGCACGGAAGUACGAAAUGCUUGGAACUUACCUACAACGAUCUGCCGUGCUCCUGUGCUGCACCGGCAUACCGCUUGCGGUGAUCUACGUUUUCUCUGAACCAAUCCUCCUGUUCCUGGGACAGUCACCAGAGAUUGCCCGUGCCGCGUCCAUUUUCGUAUACGGCCUGAUACCUCAGAUCUUCGCCUACGCUUUCAAUUUCCCAAUCCAGAAGUUCAUGCAGGCUCAGAGCAUUGUUCUGCCGAGUGCUUACAUCUCAACCGCAACGCUAGCGUUGCACCUGCUGCUGAGCUGGGUUGUCGUUUACAAGGCUGGGCUGGGGCUGCUUGGUGCCUCCCUGGUGCUGAGUCUGAGCUGGUGGAUCAUUGUGGCGGCGCAGUUUGGGUACAUUGUCAUGAGCCCGACGUGCCGCCAUACAUGGACCGGGUUCACCUCGCAAGCCUUCUCUGGCUUGACGGAUUUUAUUAAGCUCUCAGCGGCAUCUGCAGUUAUGCUGUGCCUUGAGACAUGGUACUUUCAGGUCCUCGUGCUCAUUGCCGGCUUGCUCCCUAACCCUGAGCUUGCAUUGGAUUCCCUAUCUGUGUGCAUGACAAUUGCUGGAUGGGUGUUCAUGAUCUCAGUAGGUUUCAAUGCCGCUGCAAGUGUAAGAGUGAGCAAUGAGCUUGGUGCCGGCAACCCCAAGUCGGCAUUUUUCUCAGUAUGGGUCGUCACCGUGCUCUGUGGAACAAUCACUGUCAUCCUUGCAAUUGUGAUCCUCUGCCUUCGAAAUUACAUCAGCUACUUGUUCACAGAGGGUGAAACAGUUUCCAACGCUGUGGCGGAUCUCUGCCCGCUGCUCACCAUCACGCUCAUUCUCAAUGGCAUCCAACCUGUUCUAUCUGGUGUUGCUGUUGGAUGUGGAUGGCAACAGUUUGUUGCUUACGUGAACAUCGGUUGUUACUACAUCGUAGGCGUUCCCCUUGGUGUUGUUCUAGGUUUUGUCUUCAAGCUCGGCGUAAAGGGCAUUUGGGGUGGCAUGAUUGGAGGUACGGCCAUGCAGACGGCCAUUCUGCUAUGGGUCACCAUCAGAACUGAUUGGAACAAAGAGGUGGAGGAGGCACAGAAAAGAUUGAAUAAGUGGGAGGAUAAGAAGGAACCCCUUCUUACAGAUGUCAAGAAAGAUGAUAAUUAAACGACCCAUGAUCACGAGCGUUGGGAGGGGACCGAAUUCAGGUGUCUUCACACUUGAGAUGAUAUACCGUCAGGGACUGAUUCCCAGAUUUGAGACGUUAAAUAACACCUCAGGUCAUGACCGGAUGGGGGCCGUGGCCUUUUUUUUCAUGCAAACAAAAAGGUCAUGGGUAAGAGAACUGUGCCCAAAGAACGCAUAGGAUCGAGUAGGGGUGUCAAAAAUAUUCGAGCUCGACAAACUGUUUGAACUCGAUUACUCGAGCUCGGCUCGAAGUGUAAACAAGCCGAACUCAAAUAUGCCCUCAGGCUCGCGAGCCUCAUGAGCUCGAGCUCGAACGUUCGUUGAAGCUUGGUAAACGCUUACCUUACGUGUAAAUUAUCUUAGGCCUGUCGUGCUUGUUCACGUGAGCCCAGUGAAUUUCAGCCAUUAGCAUGAAUCCUCCGUUC